CGUUUGUUUACGCUCUGUUUGCCUUGGGGGAAGUGCUCUGCAACCCUGAAUGCUUAAAAACAAGAGGGGGCUUGCCAUCUUUGAUCAGAGGACAGAAAAGGAUUUCAAGACGACAAAGUGCCAGGUGGGUCCAGGCUGGUGAAGCCAGCGAGGACAAUGUCCCUUCCUCUUCUUCUGUGGAUCUACGCGAGCCUUCCUGGUCUGCUUUUUGGGGCCCAUGUCUCCCUCCUGGUUGAACCGGAUGAUGCAGGAUCCAGGAUUUGCAAACCAGCCCCCCGCUGGACCAUAAACGGGGAGUCACCCAUGCAGGGGCAGCUGGGGAGAGUGGUGGUGGUGGCCCUGCUGAAGGCCAGCUGACAGUUCUGUCUCACUCAGUCCACCAAAAUUGGGGGCCUGCGUGACAAACUGAACCGCAGCAACCUGACUGAGGUUUCCUUCAUGAUCGUGAACGAGCGCGAAGCAUCUUCAAGAGCCAUGUACUGGGAGCUGAAGAGGCGAGCGCCCCCCGACGUUCCUGUGUAUCAGCAAGCUCCCUUCCAAGAAAAUGUGUGGGAUAUUCUGGAUGGCGACAAAGAUGACUUCCUUGUUUAUGACCGUUGUGGACUUCUCACCUUCCACGUUGUGCUGCCAUACAGUUUCCUGCACUAUCCCUACAUAGAGGCUGCCAUCCGAGCGACUUACUUAAAAAAUAUCUGCAACUGCUCGGCAAAUGCUACUUUGUCCCAAGAUGAUAGUAUGACGACGGCACAGACUCAACCUUCCUCACAGAUGACUACACUGCCUACGGUUGUUGCAGACCAUUCAGAGCCGACAGAGGUUUCUACUGGAAUGAAUCAUGUCCACCAUCGCCCCACCACCACACCAAAGUUGGUUAAAAACCGCCACCACCAUCAUCAUCAUCAGCACAAAACUCCUCAUCACCACAGCCAUAACUAAGAGUAGCUUUUUACGCUUCACUUUUCUAUUUUUUUUUUUUUUUUUUUUGCUUCACUGUGUCAACAUGAAUUGUGGUUUUCCAGCAGUUCCUCUCCAGUCGCUGCCCUGUGUUGUGACUGAAGCUCGCUCCACACCUUUAUGUCCAGUUAAUGAAGUUCACAGUGUCCAACCUGCUCGCAGGAGCCUGUGGACGGAUGAAUCUGGAGACAAAAAGUGGACUGACUGCUAUGGUUACUAGCCAGAGAAAGAGAGUGGUUGGUACUGAUGCUGAGAAGUUGUCAAUUCAUGUCCAAAUGUCAAAUGCAAAUAAUAAAUUCUUCUA